CAAUUGGCUGUUUGCGAAAUGGGCGGAGCUUUAAGUUGGCCGGGUGCGUUUAUGAUUCCUCGCUUUCAUUGAAAGAUGAUACUGUGGUCGGAUUUUAGCUGAUAAUUCGUAAACUACGGACAUGACGGAUCAAGGUCUCUAUGUGUGAAAUAUGGAUCAUGAAGUGGGAGAGAACUCCUUUGAACAUGGAAGAUUGGGAGCUCUCAGCCGCUGGGAGAGAUUUCUUUGUGGUCCACGGAAUCUCAAGUUUAAAGAUGUGUUUACAUGGCAGCUCUGCAAAACUAUCGCAAUGGGUCAAGCCCUGUCAAUGCUGAUAUGUGGGACGGCAGUUACAUGUCAGUAUUUGGCAGAUGCUGGGGUGGAGACGCCAAUGCUGCAAAGCUUCCUCAAUUACGCCUUGCUGCUGCUCACCUAUACUUUAGUCUUAGCCUUCAGGAGAGAUGAAAACAAUAUCGUUCAAAUUCUAAAAACAAAGUGGUGGAAGUAUUUUCUGAUGGCUCUAACGGAUGUGGAAGCCAACUACACAGUUGUGAAGGCAUACCAGUUCACUACCCUUACAAGUAUACAGCUGCUGGACUGCUUUGUGAUCCCGGUUUUGAUGGUGCUCUCAUGGAUCUUCUUUAAAACUCGCUAUAGACCGUUACAUUUUAUAGCUGUGGCUGUGUGCUUGCUUGGAGUCGGUGCGAUGGUGGGAGCAGAUCUGCUGGCAGGGAGAGACCAAGGCUCAAGUAGUCAUGUGUUGUUGGGGGAUGGACUUGUGCUGGUCAGUGCUGCUCUGUACGCAGUGUCUAACGUCUGUCAGGAAUACACAGUGAAAAACCUGAGCAGAGUGGAAUUCUUAGGCAUGAUGGGGCUCUUUGGGACACUCAUCAGUGGUGUGCAGAUGGCUAUACUUGAAUCCAAAGCUAUACCUGUCAUCAGCUGGAACUGGACAAUAUGCCUGCUCUUUGUCGUAUAUGCUCUGUGCAUGUAUGGGCUGUAUAGUUUCAUGCCUGUAGUGGUAAAGAUGACCAGCGCCACAGCUGUGAACCUCUCACUGCUGACUGCCGACCUCUUCAGUCUGUUCUGUGGCAUGUUCCUUUUUCUCUACAAUUUCUCAGGCCUGUAUAUUGUGUCUUUUGUGGUGAUCACACUUGGAUUCAUCACGUUCAACAUCGUACCGACCUACACAGCAGAUCAGUCGUUUUCCACUAAUGACAAGGCGUAUCAUCUGGCUUCAUCUGCGGAUGUCCAACAAGAUGGAGACAUUGGAGUAGGUUGGCUGCAAAAGGAAGGACAAGAGAAUGAGGACAGGAUAGGAUCCAGUCACAGAGGACAUUGCAACGGAUUCUGUUCUCAGAUAUGAAGCUCUAAAAUGUAGAGUACAGUGAAUUUUACAGAUUUACUUCAGAAGGGUCUAUUUUUGCCAAAGGCAGUGUUUAAUCUGUUAUUUAUGGAUUUUAAAU